GAGCGCGCUGUCUGCUCUACUCGUACUCGUAAGCCAGGGAACACCCGCGAACCCCGACCAAUAGCGAGCCGAGAUCCAGCCGCAGUGACGUUGAUUCGAUUAACAACAACCCGAGCCGGGAGCAAAUCCGAUCCCAUCGCAGCCCAUCUCCCACCUCCACCCUCGUCUUCCUCGUCGCAUUCCCCGCCCGGAUCCCCAAUUCUCCGAGCCCGGGCGCCUCCCCACGGUCUCCACUCCUCCCUCGCGCCCCCUCCAGAUCCGCGCGCCGCCACCGCCGGCGCCCUCACCGAUCCCCAGCGGCGGCCCGGCAUGGAGGAGACGCCGCCGGGGCAGCGGCCGCAGCCGGCGCACGCGUCUCCUCCCUUCCCCGCGGCGCCCUUCACCCCGCCGCCGCGCGUCUUCUCGCCAGCCCUCGCCGCGCGGGGCCCCGCCAGCCCCAGCCCCGGCUCCGGGCCCGGCGGCCACCACGCGCCGGCGCACCUCAGCACGCCCCCCGGCCCGCCCGUCUUCUCCUCGCCGCUGCGCCCCGCGGCCGUGCCCUUCCGCGCCACCCCGGCCUCGCCCCACCCGGUGCCCUUCGCCCCCGCGGGGAGCGGCUACUCCUCGUCCUCCUCCGCCACCACCGCCUCCCUCCCCACCUCGUCGGCGCCGCACUUCCUCAACGGCGCCGCCACGCUGCACGGGGACCUCGCCCCCGCGCCGUCGCCGCUCCAGGGGGACGGCCUCAACAACCCCUACGUCCAGUUCUCCGCGAACAAGGUGCUGAAGCAGAAGAAGCUGCUCAAUGCCCCAAGCUUGGGGUUCGGAGCUCUGGUUUCUCCGGGGAAGGAGGUGUCGCCUGGGCCAGAGGUCGUGGAGCGUGACCCCCGCCGCUGCCUGAACUGCGGGGCCUAUGUCAAUUUGUACUGUGACAUCUCGAUCGGCUCUGGGCAGUGGCAGUGCGUCAUCUGCCAGAAGAUCAACGGCAGUGAAGGGGAAUUCGUAGUCUCCAGCAAGCAGGACCUGCUCCAGUGGCCGGAGCUAGCAUCAACGACUGUGGAUUAUGUUCAGGUGGGAAACAGGAGGCCAGGUUUUGUCCCUGUGUCUGACUCAAGGGUGUCUGGCCCCAUUUUUAUUCUCAUAGACGAGUGCCUCGACGAGGCCCAUCUGCAGCAUCUGCAGGGCUCCUUGCAUGCUUUUGUGGAUUCUCUUCCUCCGACAGCAAAGAUAGGAAUAAUCACCUACGGGCGAACAGUCUCGGUGUAUGAUUUCUCAGAGGGGGCAGCUGUGUCAGCGGAUGUGCUACCUGGAAAUAAGUCACCUACACAUGAGUCUUUGAAGGCACUAAUCUAUGGGACAGGGGUUUACCUGUCUCCUAUACAUGCUUCGCUGCCUGUUGCACACACAAUAUUCUCAUCUCUGAGACCCUAUCAGCUGAGUGUGCCAGAAGUGUCAAGGGAUCGGUGCCUUGGUGCAGCCGUAGAGGUUGCCCUUGGUAUUAUUCAAGGGCCGUCAGUGGAGUUGUCUCGUGGAAUUAUCAAGAGAUCCGGGGGCAAUUGCAGGAUCUUGUUGUGUGCUGGUGGCCCUUGCACCUUUGGACCAGGAUCUGUGCCUUAUUCGGUUAAACAUCCGAACUAUGCUUACCUGGAGAAGACAGCUAUGAAGUGGAUGGAGAGUCUUGGGCAUGAAGCACAGAGACACAGUACUGUCGUUGAUAUCUUUUGUGCCGGACAGUGUCCUGUGAGGGUUCCUGUUCUGCAACCACUAGCAAAGUGUUCUGGAGGUGUGCUUUUACUUCAUGAUGACUUUGGAGAGGCCUUUGGAGUCAACUUGCAAAGGGCAUCAACUAGAGCAGCCGGUUCCCAUGGCUUAUUUGAGAUCAGGUGCUCAGAUAAUAUGCUUGUUACUCAAGUUAUUGGCCCUGGUGAAGAGGCGUCUCCUGAUUCCCAUGAAACAUUCAAGCAUGAUAGUUCAUUUUGUAUCCAGAUGCAUAGUGUCGAGGAGACACAGAGUUUUUCUGUGUCUAUGGAGACAAAGGGUGAUAUCAAGAGUGAUUUUGUUUUCUUUCAGUUUGCAGUCCAUUAUUCCAAUGUGUAUCAAGCAGAAAUCACUCGGGUGAUCACUAUGAGGCUGCAGACUGUUGAUGGUUUGUCUGCGUAUCUGGCAAGUGUGCAGGAGGAUGUUGCCUCAGUGAUCAUCGGUAAAAGAACCGUCUUGCGUGCCAGAACCGCCUCUGAUGCUAUUGAUAUGAGGCAAUCAAUUGAUGAAAGGGUAAAGGACAUAGCUCUCAAAUUUGGUACUCAGGCCCCAAAAUCAAAGCUUUACCGUUUCCCAAAAGAACUAGCAUCACUCCCAGAGUGCUUGUUUCAUCUGAAAAGGGGGCCACUUUUAGGUAGCAUAAUCGGACAUGAAGAUGAACGAUCUGUACUUAGGAAUUUGUUCUUGAAUGCUUCAUUUGAUCUUUCACUCCGUAUGAUGGCACCUCGGUGCAUAAUGCAUCGCGAAGGUGGUACCUUUGAGGAAUUGCCGGCAUAUGAUCUUGUCAUGCAAUCUAAUGCUGCAGUGGUGCUGGACCAUGGAACUGAUAUUUUCAUUUGGCUGGGUGCUGAGCUAGCAGCCCAAGAAGGGCAAAGUGCAGCAGCUUUAGCAGCAUGCCGUACACUGGCAGAAGAGCUCAGUGAGCAACGGUUUCCAGCUCCCAGGAUUCUUUCAUUCAAACAAGGAAGCUCUCAGGCUAGAUAUUUUGUCUCACGCCUUAUCCCAGCUCACAAAGACCCUACUUAUGAGCAGGAGUCAAGGUUUCCACAAUUACGGACGCUUACCCCUGAGCAAAGGGCUAGGCUAAAGAGUAGCUUCAUCCACUUUGACGACCAUAGUUUCUGUGAGUGGAUGCGCAGCCUCAAAUUGGUCCCGCCAGAACCAAGCUAACACAAAUAAUCAGAGCAGUACACAUGGAAACGGUGGAUUGCUACAGAAGCCAUAGCGUGCCUUCAGAAAGUUGCCCAAACGAUAGCUGAGAUCUUUGUGAGCCAAAUUGUGGCGUCGUGACUCAUGAGACAUGCCUGAGCCGAUCACAUGUUUGGUUUGGUGAAGCGCCAUUUAGGGUGCUGUAGAAAUUGUAUGAUUUUGCUUGAUUCUUUUCCCCCCAUUUUGACCCUGAUGUGGUAGAGUAAGUUCAUAAACGGUCCCUUAUCA